ACCCACACCCACACCCACACCCACACCCACACCCACACCCUUUACUAUCUGAUAUUACCGGAUUUAGCCACGAAAGAAAACCUUAAAUUGAGUAUAUAACAUGGAUUACAGAGAAAACUGACUUUUAAUCAAAAGUGCUUUACUUUUCUCAAGGGCCAAAAUUGUGAGAUAGCCUAGGUGGCAGAACUUGAUAUCCUCUAUCACCAGUAGAAAUAUCAGAGCGAUUGCUUGUUGCCGCAUAAAAUGCGACUGACCGACAUUUUGCUGAAAAAACGACAAAAUAGAUUUUUUUAGGAUAUUUCCGAAGUUCUUAUGGGAUUGACGAAAACUUUUGAAAUUUUGUACCUAGAAGGAGAGUACCUCAAUAGUUAUAGUUAGAAAAACCAGAACUCAAAAGUCUUAGAUAUUGAAAUAUAAAAGUCGCUUUUACUAAAAAACACCAUCUCAAAAUCGGUUAAAAAAUCAAUAUUAAAAAUUAUCAAAAAUUUUGUUAGUAUUUCGAUUGUUUGUAUUGGAAAAGGUGAUCCGAUCGAGCUGAAAAUUUCAGGAAAUACUAAAUUCACUACUCUCUAUAACAUAUUGAAAAAUCAGAGAAUUCUGAAAUGUCAUUCUAUCGUCGAUGUCCUAUAGUGUCUAAUUUUCUCAGGCACUUGCUCUUAAGAAGUUUCUUUUUUUUUUAUUGUAUGAUUUUAGGUACAGCAAUGAAUGUUCUUCGUUUUUCAAUUCAAUUGCGUACUGAAAAAAAUCAAGUUAUGCGUGAAGAACGUUUAAAACAAACACGAAGAACAAUACAAAUCGAUUCUUGA